GAAAGAGAAUGGCAUGGAAUUAGCCUUUUGACUCUAACUAAGCCUCCCAAGCUUUUUUAAUUUUUUAAUAUCUUCAUCUUUCAUAUUUUUCUUUCUUUUUUUUUUUGCUCAAAAUUUUCACAAACCCUUUUGAGAUAAAGUUGUUUUGUGUGAUUUAGAUGAGGAAACUUUGUCCAAAUAUUGACAAUGAAGAUGGGCUGGAGACAGUUCUUGAGGUCCCAAUACCAGAAGAAAUGUUCAGAAGCAUGGGCAGCAAUGUGACCUUGCGUUGGCAAAAUAUGCUCACAUGGAUGAGGGCUCAAACAUCCGAUAAAUGGUCACAACCAGUCAUUGCUGGACGCAUCAACGAGCUUCGAUUCCUUCUUUACAUGGUUGGAUCUCCUCUUAUCCCUCUCCAGGUUCAAGUAGGUCAUUCUGUUCACAAGCCUGUCAAAGAUUGUUCCAUCCAAGCUUCAACAGCCAAGUAUAUUGUGCAACAAUACAUCGCAGCAACAGGAGGACCAGCAGCUUUAAACGCAGUGCACAGCAUGUGUGUAACAGGGGAAGUGAAAAUUAGAGCAUCAGAAUUUCAUCAAGGUGACAAAUCCGUAAAAGUAAAGACAAAUGAAGAAGCUGGUGGGUUCGUCCUCUGGCAGAAAGAUCCUGAUUUAUGGAUCCUGGAGCUUGUUGUUUCAGGUUGCAAGGUCAUUUCUGGAAGCAAUGGCCAGAUUUCUUGGAGGCUUUCUUCCAAUCAACAAGGUCCCAUUUCUAAGGGUCCUCCCAGACCCUUGCGCAGAUUUUUGCAGGGUUUGGACCCAAGGUCCACAGCAAACUUAUUUAUAGAUGCAACAUGCAUUGGAGAGAAAAUUAUAAACAAUGAAGACUGUUUUAUACUAAAGCUAGAGACAAGUCCAGCAAUUCGUGAGGCACAAAGUGGACCAAAUUAUGAGAUAAUUCACCACACAAUAUGGGGAUACUUUAGCCAAAGAUCAGGGCUCUUGAUUCAAUUUGAAGACUCGAGGCUGCUAGGAAUGAGAAACAAAGAUGAUGAUGAUGUGUUCUGGGAGACGAGCACAGAAUCUGUAAUGCAAGAUUAUCGGUAUAUUGAUGGAGUUAAUAUUGCACAUAGUGGUAAGACUCGUGUCACAGUUUUUAGAUAUGGAGAACAGUCUGCAAAUCACAAAAGGGAGAUGAUAGAGAAAUGGAAGAUUGAAGAUGUAGAUUUCAAUGUUUGGGGCUUGACUUCAGAGCAUUUUCUUCCUCCUAGCAAUUAAAAAGGGCAAGAAAUAGCAUAUGCUAUAGAAUUCAUUUAUGGGUUUAAGACGAAAUUGAGAAAGAAAUUUUUGUGUAAAUAAUUAGCAAAAAUGGAGGACAAAAACAAACAGUAUUUUCUUUA